GGUGUCAACCCUAGUAUGCAUCUUCAAAUUCCACACAGUUCCCGACUAGCUCUGGCAAGACUACUCUCAGAGCUCCGUUGUACCCCGGGGCAGUUUGCUUGUCGCAGUGGUACCAUCCAGUGCAUCCCUUUGAACUGGCAGUGUGAUGGAUGGCCCACCUGUGAGGAUGAGAGUGAUGAAGUUGACUGUCCAGGCUUGACAGGGGACCAACGACCUUAUCAUGGGAAAGAGAAUGUGGACUCCAGGCACAAUCGAGGCAGAGGAGCAGAUACGACCCGCUUCCACACUGUCAACGUGGCGCAGCCUGUCCGCUUUAGCAGAAAGUGCCCAACAGGAUGGCAUCACUAUGAGGGCACCGCCAGCUGUUACAGGGUGUAUUUAAAUGGCGAGAACUACUGGGACGCUGUGCAGACAUGUCAGAGGGUGAAUGGGUCUUUGGCUACCUUCACUGCAGACCAGGAGCUCCGCUUCAUCCUGGCACAGGAGUGGGACCUGGAGGAAAAAGCCUAUGGAAGGAAGGACCAACGUAGGUUCUGGGUUGGAUAUCAGUAUGUCAUUACCAACCGAAAUCGUUCUUUAGAAGGUCACUGGCAGGUGGCUUACAAAGGUUCCUCAGAAGUGUUUUUACCUCCUGAUCCCAUCUUUGGAACGGCCAUGUCUGAAAAUGAAAAUGUUCUUUGUGCCCAGCUUCAGUGUUUCCAUUUUCCCACUCUUCGGCACCAUGGCUUGCAUAGCUGGUAUGCUGAAAACUGCUAUGAGAAGUCUUCGUUCCUCUGCAAAAGGAGCCAGACUUGUGUUGAUAUCAAAGACAACGUUGUUGAUGAGGGCUACUAUUUCACUCCAAAAGGGGAUGAUCCCUGUUUGAGCUGCACUUGUCACAAUGGUGAGCCAGAGAUGUGUGUGGCUGCCCUUUGUGAGCGGCCCCAGGGCUGUCAGCAGUAUCGCAAAGACCCCAAGGAGUGCUGCAAAUUCACAUGCCUAGACCCAGAUGGGAACAGCCUGUUUGACUCAAUGGCAAGUGGAAUGCGUCUGAUAGUGAGCUGCAUCUCCUCCUUCCUUAUCUUGUCUUUGUUGCUCUUCAUGGUCCACCGGCUGCGUCAGAGACGGAGGGAGCGCAUAGAGUCCUUGAUUGGAGCUAAUUUGCACCACUUCAAUUUGGGCCGCAGGAUGCCUGGCUUUGAUUAUGGUCCAGAUGGGUUUGGAACUGGUCUUACUCCACUGCAUCUCUCGGAUGAUGGUGAAGGGGGUGCAUUUCAUUUCCACGACCCUCCACCGCCCUACACAGCUUACAAAUAUCCAGAUCUUCAGCAUCCGGAUGACCCGCCUCCUCCCUAUGAGGCUUCUAUCAAUCCAGACAGUAUCCUUUGUUCUACUCCAGACGGAGUUCUCCCUCAGACAGUGCAGAGCAGUCAACCGUCACUGGGAAACAGUGAUGUCUGUCCACAGCUCACCGAGGAAUCUCUUCCUCCUUCAGUCGGUCCUUCUCCAGUAGAGCUGGAAGACUCAGCUGAUAGCAGCACCUUCCUCGUCCCUCCUGACACACCUUUAAGUGAAAAUACACCGGCAGAAACUCUUACGGGCAGCCGCCACAGUCACUGUUCUCUCAAUACCAUUGUAUAAAAGAAUAGAAAGCUUACUGCCAGUCAGAAAUAUUUUAGCAACUGUUUGCACACAGCUGUACAGACAAACACUAAUCCAGGGGUUGAACUUCAGAAGGAAGCUCCACUUUGUUUCUGAGCACUCUGCUUUUAUGUUCUAGUUUAGAAUUGUGCCUCUUAUUUUUUUUUGACUGCUCUUAUUCAUUCACUAAUUGGUCUGUCCUGUAAAUAUGGAUUGUAGAAGCUGCACCUUUUUCCACAGGCUAUGGAAAGGAAGUGCAGAGAAUUUGUCUUUGACUUCUGAAGAGAGGAAAAGCAUGGGUAGCUUUGGUUUGUUUGUUUGGGUGUUUUUUUUGUAUGUCUUAAUCGCAGAGAAGAAAUGAGAAUCUGCAUCAGAGAAAAAGCUGCUUGUUUUUUGGAUACCAUUGGAUCCAGGGAACAGACGAUGAAGAAAGAGAGGGGGCAGUUGCCACGUUAUCUCAUGUCUCUCUUGCUCCAGUGCUGCACUUGGAAAAAGCACAGAAGACUAAACUUUUGGGGAGUUGGGUGGCUGUGUUUUACAGAAGCAGGAACACUGAGGAGCUAAAACACAAGCCAAAGAAGAAGAGGUAUAUGGUGUAAAGUGUGUGUAUGUGUUUGGUCUCUGUCACUGCCCCACUAUUUCAAAACAUCGGAGGGACUGGAGGAUGAGAAGGAUCUACGUAACAUCUGAUUUCUUUGCCUUUUCUCAUAAAUGGGCUCAGAGAAACUGCCGUUUUCAGUUAACACCUUUUUACUUAGUUAUCUAUAGUUGCAAAUGCCUUGUACUGUGGCAGGUAAACUUCUGGCCCAGAAACAACUGUGGGUCUGUGUAAUGCUGGCAUCUCUUCAGAAGAGUCACAGUGCAUGCUAGAUAGUGUUUUGGUGAAAAGAUGAGGAGGAUUAACUCCUUGAUUAAUGCUCCAGUUGAUUGACUCUUUCCACCUUAGUAGACCUUUUAAAUCACCCCCUUCCUUUUAAGUUUAGCUUAAUUUAAAGUAGCAAAAUUAACAUGUGCACUACAAAAUGUGGUUCAUUUCAAUCAAUAAUAUGUUUCCAGUUUAGGCAAAGAUUUAAAACAGACUGGUUUGGAUAAUAUGGAUACUAAAUACCACUUCAUGUUUUCAAAAUGAGGUGAGGUUUCAGCGCACAUGGGUUUUCUUUCCUCCCCCACUCAUGUCACUCUGAUUAACCCUGACUUACUGUAGCAGUUGUCUCCAGUCAGAGCAGAUCAGGUUAGUCAGAAGGGCUUUCUACUGAGAGCCCCUCAUGACUGUUCUUCUGUUGCCUUAUGACAGGUACAAGCCUAGAGGGACAGGAAGAAAUUGUUGUAUGGGAGUGGGGUUUUAAUUUUGCUAGUUACAAAGAGAGGAUACAGGAUUGGGCUGAUCUGAUCCAAACCUAGUUAUGUGCUUACCCAGUGCCACUGAUUUCCCUCAUAUAUGCCGCUACCCUCUAUUUUGUGUCUUGCUUUAGGCCAUACUGUACUUGGGGAUCAGUUUUGAUUAUUCAACAUCUCUGCACAGAAAACUGUGACUCUCACUUACUGGAUCAUAUCUAGUAUGUUUCGAUAUUCAGUCACUUGCAGACUAUCUUUAUUGCCUCGAGGGACAGUGUGAAUAUGGUUCUCGUGUACUGCUAAGGCACAACGGUGCAUUAGGAUACACUGUUUAAAAAAAAAAAAAAAGUCCCUCCCCUCACAAUUUUGUGAACACAACUUUUUGUUACCCUUUGCGGCCUGGCUUAAUCCGCUCUGAGUGGUACAAAACGAGAAGAGCAGUUCUCUACCCAGUGGAUCUAUUGCUAGUUCCUUCUCCUGAAAUUUGAGUCCUGUUCCAGUGAAGUGGGUGGAUAAGUAGUAGUCAGAGCCAUGCAUACAGCUUAUGACUAUAUCAAGCAUUUCUGAAGUAUGAAAAUAAAGCGGGUUUUGUGCAUUUUUGAGCACAUUCAUACGUUUUAUACAUUGUAUGUACUGAGUUUUCUUUAGUUUUUAUAUGUACGAGUGUGUGCGUGUUUCUGGGUGGUGAUAAUAAAUAUAUACUGUAGAUGAUACCCUUUUGUGCUGUAUGGGACAAGGUGAAACUAAACACUCUGAUAUGAGGUUGUCUCUUGAGCUGCAAAGGUAACCCUUCCCUAAAGCUGGCUACACUAUGUGAUAGGACAGGGCAUGAUAGCGUACGCGUGGAUAGGAUGCAGUCUUUAUUACAACACACUUUCUGAAAAGCUUUUGUUAGUAGCACUAACUAGGAGAAUGGGAGUUUUUAUUUCUUUAAAGCCAGAUGGACUAUUCUUUCUUUGUAGUUUCCUAGCGCAAUAACGAAAGGCCUCUUGGCUUGUCUGUGUUUUCGUGGUUGAGGUGAACAGAUGCUUUUUACCUCGCACAUCUCAUAAGACUGUGUGAACCUGUUUUUAAUACACGGUUUUUACUGCUGGAUGUCUGUGGUAAACCGAUGUGAAAAUAAGUGUUGUUGCAAUUCUUAACUUUGUGACGGCUCAUGGUUGUAAUUAGUCCAAAUGCAGACUUCCCUGUAGAAGCCUGAGUGUAAUAAUUUUCUAUAGAUCAAAGCCCUUUCCACCUUAGUGGUGGCAUGGAGGCUUCUUUAUUUUUAUCCAUUUUAACCAUAAACAAGGGGAAAUUCUGCCUUGAGCAGAAGAGCUCACCUGGUCCAGAUCUUGUUUACCUGUUGUUGAGCUUCUAAUUUGGCAAUAAAAUUGUCACUUUUUCCCUCGUCACUGUAGCUCUUUCACAUACAGUUCUUCAUCUUGGAGCCUUUGUGGCUGUGGCUGAAAAUGUUAUAAUUACCGAGACUUGAGGACCAACUAAGGAAGAACUAGUUUUGCAGAAGCAGUUGACUUCUCAUUGGCACUUCCUUGCUAACAGAAAAAUGGCGAGUACCAACCUUCUGUUGUGGAUGCUUAUUCCGUAGAUAUUGGCGCUUGCUGGAGGAAACCCUUCCUCCUCCUGCUGGAUGGAUUGAUUUUAUUUCUUUGGAAUUAACUUCUAUUGUGGACAUUUUUUCCCAUCACCCUUUUGGUUAUUGUUCUUAUUAACUGUUGGUGCAUCUUGAAUCCUCUCUAAGCAUGAUGGAGAGGGUUGAAAAGAUUCCUGGGACUUCAUCAUUCCUAGCAUUGCAAAUAAGUGAAAUGAGCUUUAUUUUUUUCCUUCAAUUUUGGCUAUUGAGGUUAAUUUUGUAACAUUUGAGGUCUCUGUUCCAUUUAGGGCUAACGCGUUCUGUUGUGGUCUUUCUCCUGAUUUUUUUUCCCUCUCUUACAGUACAAUGAGGUGCCAUAUUUUUUGCUGUUCCUCCAAGAUAUCCACUGGUCUCAAUGUUAGCCACAAUAAGUGCACAUGCAAUCUCACAGCAGCUUUGAAUUUCUUAGUAGAAUAAUAGGAAAAGAGGUCUGAAAGGGACCUCAUGGUGGUCAUCUAGUUUUGUCUAGUCCAGUCCUCUCCCUUCAGUGCAGGAUUAUUUUUUUUCUGUCAUUGGAACAAAUUUGUCUAAUGUGCACUUAAUCUCCAAUGACAGAGAUACCACAGUCCCUUUUAGGUAAUCUGUUCCAGUACUUAUCUACCCUCAAAAUUAGAAACUUCUUCCUAAUAUUCAACCUAAGUUUCUCUUGUGACUUGAAACCAUUACUACUUGGCCUGUCCCCUUUGCACCCAGAUUAGUUGAUCAUCAUCCUCUGUAUAACAACAACCUUUUUUCUGUUUGAAGACCUGUUAUCAAAUUCCCUCUUGCUCUUUUCUCCAAGGCUAAGGACAGACGGUCAAAAAGCCGGAGCCUGAAUAUAUUAAAUCUUAUUAGGUUUGUCUAAGAUGCAUAGAUUGAACCGAUAAGCAAGUCAACAGACAUUCAUUUUUGAUUCUGGAAAUGCAGCCACAUGCCUGCAGUGGCCCCGGCCAGAAGCCAGGUGGUGCUAGAGCAUGCCUUCCUACUCAACUGGAGAAGACAAGUUUGGGUCAAGGCUAGCCUGUCUAUCCUGUGGGGGACACGGGUGGCUGGGGAAGUGCAAGGUAUCCUGGGAUGCUGGGGGCUUGAGUUAAAUUGACUCUGGAGGGGAUCUGGGACAGAGGUACAAGAAACUGAUUUAACCUAAAUCAGUUGAGUCUGAUGCUACAUCCAGCCAGGUUUAUCUUCA